AUGGCCGACUCACCCUCGUGGUCUCUUCCACUGCCUCAAUGGCUUCUCAUCCAAGCCAUCACCGGAUUGACGGCUUCUUUUACUUCGCCUCACUCACUCCUCCGCCAUGCAGCGGUGGUCGCAGCUGUUGCGUUGGCCUGGUCGGUCCAAGCGGCCGUCAACAGCCCAGACGCAGACAAGAAAUUGGGAGGACCACUCGCAGCGAUGGGAUGGGUGAAUGUGCUUAAUGCGAUUGAUUUGCUUUUGUUGAGUCGCGUGUCCUACCAGGAGCAGAUUGAGUGGGAGAAAAAAGCAUCAAACGGCAGUGAAAAGUCUGCACCGUCGAUAUUCAGACAAUUCGGCUGGUCAUUCAACAUCGCUUUCAACUAUCGUCGCGUGCAUACACCCUGGCAGAUCGCGUAUGUGCCUCAAUUUGAUAAAAAUGAUCGCAACUACAUCCCCUCUCGCCUUGCGUUUAUCGGUAAAUGCGGACUGGAAGUAUGCAUAGCAGCCGCGAUGCUGCAUUUCUUCACCGUCGAAACCACCUUUCCUGGACUGGCGGAGGUGAUGCCCGAGAUUGCGAGGAGUAAGCGGGUGAUGAUCCCGUCUGCUGCGACGACGCUGCAGAGUAUCUUGGUUCAGGCGUCGUUUACGCUGUCGUUUGGGAUUUUGACCAGAUCGGCGAUUAUCCUUCCGUAUAACGCUGUUGGGGUGAUUUGUGUUGCGCUGGGUGUUUGUUCGCCUGCUGCGUGGCCGCCUGUUAGUGGUUCGUUGAGUGAGGCGUAUUCCCUUCGGCAGUUUUGGAGAUCUGCAUGGCAUCAAUCCCUCCGCAGACCCCUUGUCGCAAGCACAGACUGUCUCCUCUUCUCCCUCCUCCGUCUAACCAGAGGGACCCUCGCAGCCUGCUACAUCCGUCUCUUCCUCGUCUUCUUCAUGUCCGGUCUCGUCCACGCAUUCAUGGACAUGGGCUUCACCGUCCCCCUCGAAGAGACCGGGAGUUUGUGGUUCUUCGUCCUCCAGGUUCCCGCCAUUAUCGCCGAGAUUAUCUUCCAGAAGUUCUGCUCAAAGACUGGGGGUAAACUCAGGCAGAUCCUGGGAUAUGUCUGGGUGUUGUCAUUUCUAGCGUGGGCUACCCCGGUCUGGAUUGAUCCGAUUAUUUGGAGGCUGUAUGAGGGGGGCAUUCGGGUUCCUUCGCCGUUUUUGUUUAUUGGGGGGCAUUCAUUUUUGGAGUAG